CCAUCGACCAUUAACUCCCAAUUCCGGAUUAAUCGCAUGGCUUUCAUGUCAUCCGUUUUCAUUAGUAAAAGAAGCAAAACUCCGCCCAUUGGUGGUAUCCGAUUUCCCGUCCGUCGAAACGUGUUCUAAAUCCCAAUGUGCUUGAAUGGCACGGACGAAUGCAAGUUGAGAACUCAUAAAAUGGCAUGGAAAGUCCGUGACAAAAGAAAGUGUCGUGAUAAAAGUGCUUUGGCGAAGCAGAAACUCACUUUCCGCUUCUUUUUUUCUCUGGUCUCCUCGCCGGCUAAUUUUCGUUCCUUUGUCUUUUCUUUCCUUUUUUUACUUUUCUUGUUUUUGGUUUGUUUUAUUCGCUUUUCGUCUUAGUCGGGUAAUACUCCAGCGUGUCAAGUAAUCGUGCGGUACGAGGCUAUCAAUAUCAGGGCAGCACAU